CAUAAAUCCAUAAACCGCAACGGUUGGGGUUUGCCGGCUCGGGAGUUGUUCGUUUAAGACAAUUCAAGGGUAUUUUGAGUCUCUGAGUCUCCAAAUUUUACAAAUUACCUAUUCAAUGCCCUUUUUGCCGAUAUAUUCAUAUUACUCUCUCUUUCCCCUUUAAUUUCUCUUCUUCUAAUCCGGCGUCUAAAGUAGUCUUCUUCUUUUUCUUACUCUUAUCUCCCUAUCUCACCUAUCUCACCAAUCCGUGACGUCGAUCUUUUUCCUCAUCCUUAUCAAACAUGGCCUUGUUCGUAGACCUCGACGAGGAGGCUGAGCCACCUCAGACGCAUCAUUACGGCCUGAAACCUCAGUGGAAUGGCGAGAGAAUACAGCAGCAGCUACAACAGCUGUCGUCGGGAGCUGAAGGGACAGCUCCGGCUAAGAAUGAGGAGGGACAGAGCCAGCCAAACAUAAUAGACCGCGAACCCGAGAACCUCAACGAGCAUAAUGGGAUGGCGGAGGCUCUCGGAUGUUAUCCUAUCGUUAUGGCGAUUGCGUCGUCCAUCGAUCUAAACACUCUCGAUAACCUAUCCAAAACCUGUCGUCAGGUACGCCAGGCCCUCCUGCAAUACCGCAGCGUAGUCCUCGCGCACACACUCCAUUGCGCCUACGAAGACGUCCCUAUCGACCCCGAAGCUACCUUCCGCUAUCGUGCCCUCGCAUGGAACUUGUUUGGUACGGAAGACGGUCGAAUCGGGGACCCCAGUGGCAAGAGCGGGAGCUGCGCGAGGGAUAUGGUGGCCGAGUGUAGGAGGUGCGGGACGGUCGUCUGCCGGAACUGCACGAUCAAACAACCCUCCCGAAGCAUGCUCCGGGACAGACAUCGCCGACUCUGUGUCCCGUGCAGCAAAGCUCCGCUCGGAAGCCUUGUGAAACCACAACUACGGGCCGACACCACAGCGGACGCGGACGAGAUGCGCCUAGCGAUAUGCACCUGCGACUCGGAAGGGGUCUGGCUCUGCCAACCCUGCGGGAAGAGCAUCCGCGGAGCCGACCACGACUACAAGUCCAUCUGGAAGUGGCGCAACCUAUACGGCGAAGUCCUCGGCGGCCUCGGCACGGGCAUCGGCGAAGGCGACCGCGGCGUCAUCUGCGGCCGCGAAGCCGCGUGCUGCGGCUCCAAAGAACGCGAGCAGGAAACGGACUGCGAUGCCGCGGACGCGCGCGAGCAAGACGAGAUUAAUAGUAACUUCGGCAACGGCAACGGCAGUUUAUCCCCCUGGACAACGCCCUCCCCCGCCUCCUCCGUCACCGGGUCUCCUCCGGGUGAACGACGGACGCCUAGCCCGCAGCUACGGCCCGGGUACGCGCGCCACGAGAUCGAGGGGAUUGGUGGGGUUGUGAAGACUAAGCUCAUGCGCAUGGUGCGCGUGGGGGCGUGUGUGCCGGAGUGGGAGGACGAGAAGAAGAAGGGGGAGAUUUUGGGGCGGGAGGUUAGGGGGGAGAGUCGGAGUUGGUGUGGAUGGUGCUGGAGGGUUAUUCCUGGGAAGAAGGACUGGGAGGGGGUUGUUGUUAAGGCUGGGGAGGGGGAGAGGGGGGAUAUGGGGAAGGGGAAGGGGAAGAUGAAGAUGGUUGGGGAGGAGGAUAGGGAAUGAGUGAGAGUGAGGUUUAGGAAUACGGUGUUGAGUUAUGAGGAUAUGAGACUAUUUGGGCAUUUUGGGAGGCGAGAGAAAAGGGAGUGGGAAAAGUCUUGAUGCAUAUAGAGUUUAAUGAACCGAGCCGAACUGAACUGAACUGAACCGAACUGCAUCGCGUCCCGGAUAUGAGGGCGCGGAUGGGUGGAUCAUGGGUGGUUUGGGGUGAGAGCUUGGGCUUCGACUGACCUGGGUACUUACGUAUCAGUAUGAAUAGGUACAUGAGGAACUUGGGGUGCGUGGGUAACUAAUAGAAAUGAUAUAUGACCACGUAAAUAAAAAUUCAUGGGCUG